AAUGUCAAUUGUCAAAUAAUUUAUGGUGAGGAGGUUUUAGGUUAUAAAGUGCAUGAUAGAGUUUUAUAUCAUACUUUAUUGUUAAUAUUUUAUUUCAAAUAAAAGGCAAUGCCAAAUUUAAACAAAAAACGGAAACACAAUCCUUCAGCUGAAGUUGAAGUUCAUGUAUUAGCGCCUAGAAACAAUUUCAGGCCGUUUGAUAAUCGAGCACGAGCGGAAGAAAAACAUUUGUCAAACAUACUUUUCGGUUACGAUACAAAUCUAUUAAAAAGUUUGGAAGAAGCUGAAAACGAGCUAAAUCAGGCACAAACUUCAACUUCUCCAGAAUCUUCAAACUUUGACUCUGGUGUUGGUGAUGAAGACGUAGAUAGUGAUUAUUUUGAAGAGUUAGAAAGAAAACCAGCUUGGGUAGAUGAAGACGAUGAUAUUUUGGUUGGUCAAGCUUUAAAUGCUCAAGGUAGAAAACUCCCUAAUGGAGGAAUUAACAAGCGCUCAAAUAAGUACUCAGAGCUUUUACAACAAAAAUUUAAGACUGUAGUUGGGGACCCAAAAUGGGCAUCUUUGAAAAGAAAGAAGGUGGACUCAGAUUCAGAUGAAGAAAUAAAUCAAACAUGUGGAUUUCUAAAAAAAGUCGUACCUCAAACAUUACCACCAACUACAUUGGAAUUUAAAAAACUCAAAGACUUAAAUGCAGAAACGUAUGCUGAAGGAAUUAUUAAUUGUAUAGAAUUUCAUCCUACAUCGAGUGUAGCACUUGUAGCUGGUAAUUCUGGUGUUGCUACAUUGUAUGCAGUUGAUGGAAAAGAAAAUAAAAAGUUACACAAUGUUUCUUUCCAGCAGUUUCCAGUAUUUUGUGCCAAAUUCCUUCAGAAUGGCAAUGAAGCUGUUUUGGGUUCAAGACAUCCUUUUAUUUAUAAUUAUGAUUUGAUUUCUGCUAAAGUUUUAAGGGUACCUUUACCAUAUGGCCUUACACAAUGUAAAAAGUUUACAGUAUCACCUGAUGAAAAGUGUUUAGCUGUAGCAAGUAAAUGGGGAGAAAUACAUGUACUCUCUAGCAAAUCAAAAGAAAAAUUAUUUACUUUGAAACAAAAUUCAGAAAUUGCUGCAUUGAGUUUCAAUACAAAGGGCAAUUUACUCUUUGGUCACAGUGUGAUGGGUGAAGUAACUAUAUGGGACAUGAGAAUGCAAAGAGUUCAACACAAAUGGAUUGAUGAAGGGUGUAUCCAAGGAUCUUCCCUUAUUAUAUCUCCAAAUAAUCAAUAUAUCGCAACUGGUUCCUGUCAAGGUGUUGUUAAUCUUUAUGAAAUGAGCGAAGUACUAAAUAAAACAAUACCCCAACCCAGGAAAAGUGUCCUUAAUUUAACUACAAGUAUAAAAGACCUCUCUUUUAACAGUACGUCUGAAAUACUUGCUCUUUCUUCAGAAAAUAUUGAAAAUUCUGUGCGCAUACUGCAUGUAGAAUCAGGAACUGUUUUUAGUAAUUUUCCUACGUUUGGCGCUAAGAUGGGAUAUAUCACGGCUAUGAAUAUAUCUCCAGGGAGCGGAUAUUUAGCAAUUGGUAACAAAAAAGCGGUAGUUUCAUUAUUUAGAUUAAAAUAUUAUAAAACAUACUAAUUGUGUUACUUGUUCAUAUCCUUUUUUUGUAAUAAACACCAUCUUUUGAUUAA